GUCUGAUCAAGAGUGUCUGAUCAGCGAGAAAACCAUGAAUGAACGCAAUGAACCUCCCACCACGAAAAUAUUGCUGAAAUCCGUGCUUACCGAAGAUGAAGCACGCGAUUAGAUCGCUUGUCGCUUGUUUUUGCCGGCUCUCCAGAGCUCGGAUUGAUCGUACAUUGGGAAGUUUCUGGCGACCACCUUGAACCAUUCUUUAAAAGGGGCCCAUUCCCUCUCGGAAUUAUCUUUGCGAAAGAGGCUUUGGAACAUCUGGAUCAAGUCGCUCGUUUGACAUCUCCUGUCCGGAUCCAGCAUCCCUCCUCUCGUUUCAUCCUCGCCUUGCUUGGCACAUUUACCGUACUUCGCUCCUUUCCCCGGACAUCCACGGCAUACAGUACAAGUGGGAUCCCGAUAUGCAGAUGACCCUCAAAGCAGCGGUGGUGGGCUUCUUCGUGACCACUGUCUCUGCCAUCAGUGGUGGGGUCUGCACCUACAGCUACCCACAGGCGGUCCAGAAUCCCUCCUUCGAAGAUGGAACCACGGACUGGACUAUUGCGAAUGGAGCUGCGGGCAGUGUGUACGACACUUUCUGGGAUACGAGCGCUCCUGAUGGCAACUACGUCUUAGCGAUCAACGGCGACCUAGCCUCCAACGGCCUCUCACAGACACUGACUGGCCUGGUGGUGGGCGACGCCUAUACCUUCGGCUUGUCCUGGCAGCUAAUAUCCGUUGGCACUGGAACUUGUGUUUUGGGCGUUUAUAUGGACUCCGCAGCACCUAGCAAUUUGGUCGCAUUUGGCGCGCUCACCUCGGUGAGCAGUGCCUGGACACAAAUCACCGGCCAGUGGACGGCCACCAGCACCACCCAUCAGUUGCUACUAGAUUUCACUUGCUCGGGUGAACGCUUCGCGGAUGCUUCCGAAGUCAACUUUGACGAUAUCACCUUGACUGGUCCUGUUCAAGUCACUUGCUCGGUACCCCGCGUGGACUCAUCCUCGUCGACGCCAACCCCGACUCCAUCCUCCAUCCCUGCGACCGUUGCCUCUUCGAGCAGCGUGAUCGCGGUGUCGACUCCGACCUCGACUCCAUCCUCCAUCCCCGCGACCAUUGCGUCUUCGAGCAGCGUGAUUGCGGUGUCGACUUCCCAUGGUUCCAGCGCUGUACCGGUCCACAGCAGCUCCGCCCCAGUGCCGUCGAAGAGCCUGUCCUCGAACUCCGUCAUCCCACCCUCCCCCAUCUCCUCGCUCUCUUCGUUAUCGGUCCCUGUGAUCGCUACGCCUGUGGCCACUCCAUCCAGUCAAGCACGUGUCGGACCUAGCUCAAGCGCGCCUCAGUCGAGCUCGAUUCGGGUUCCGGUCUCGUCCAGUGCUGUGUCAGGCGCAGUUAUCCCGCACCGCACUCCCACCACUACGCCCAUAGCCAGCAGCGCCGAAGAUCUCGAGGUGGUCACUUCCACGAUCUACGCCACCGUGACGGCGACGAUUCAUGCGUGUUCUCUGGAGUUAUGAUUGGCCAAUCCGUUGUACUGGGUUGAUUAAGUCGAUCAGGUCUCCAUUGAUCCGCGAGUCCAGUAACUGUAAAACAUGGCGGUCGUCAUUGACAAAACGAUGCACGCUGAACAUAUAAUUUUUCUCUACUACUACGAACGUUUAUUAUAUUUGCGUUGGGACGGUCUUCUUAACUUAAGAUCCGAAGGGCGUUUCGGGGCCGACGGUACCCUCCGAGAUAUCUUCUUCGAUGAUACCGCUCUGUGCACUACCCAGCCAUUGUCAGCCAUUCCAUUCUCAAGCCUCUUAUCACGUCCUUCCAUGUGGAGUCUCUGACUUUUUGGUACCUAUGUAUUAUACUCAUCCACAUGCCUAGCUGAUGCAUCCAGAUCACUAUUGACAUCUUUUUGUGGACCCCCAGCUACGUUAGACUCGUCCCGCUUGAAAUAAGGAUACCGU